CCACUUCAUAUUCUUCUCCUUCCUUCUCUCUAUACAAACCACACACACAGACACACACAUUUACACACAUUUCUACUUUAAUUUAAACUUUAAACUGUUUCUCUCACUUUCUUCAAGGCUUCUUGUUGGCAGUGUUGUUGUUUCAAGUAUUAAAGAUUACAAGAUCAAGAUCUGUUACAAAAUCUUUAAUUUUUACACCAGUAUAUCUUUCAAGCAUAUAAAUGCCAAGAUCAAGGGGUUCAGAAAUGGCUCAAAGGGUAUCAACAAGAGGCCCAGCACCACUAAGAACAUCAAGCUCUGACUCUGACCCAUUACACCACAGGCCCAUGACUGACCGGAGCCCAAAACUAGGUGACAGGCGGUCACCAAGGAGUGCACAUUCUGAGCCACUAAACCAGAAGAAACUUGGGACUCGAAUUGCAGGGUUGGAGACUCAACUUGAGCAAGCUCAAGGUGAGCUCAAAAUUCUUAAAGAUCAGUUAGCUUCAGCUGAGGCUGCUAAGAAAGAAGCUCAAAAGGAACUUGAGAAAAGGACUACUAAACCGGCUGUUUCUAGCCCGGUUCCGGUUCAAGAUACUCGGUCUUCACCUAGCGAAAACCGGGUUCUUGACAAUGAGAACAGUCAAGAAAAUGAAACCCCAGAUGAGAAUCAGAAGGAAACUGAUGUUUUUGAAGUCCCAGUUGAAAUAGUUAGCUUGGAACCAAAAGUUGAAAGAAUUGAACUUUCUGAUGAGAGUAAGGUCAAAGUCAAAGGCAAUGACUUGCCAGGGUCACCCGAAAAGCCUAGUGUGAAUGAGGUGUUGAAUUCUAAGGAUGAAGAAAUAUGUUCGUUGAAAGUGAAAAUUGAAGAGAAUGAAAAGGCACUAGAAGUUUUCGGGCUAGAAAACGAGGGAUUAAAAAGUAAGUUAAGUGAAGCUAAUGUGGUGAUAACUUCAGCUAAGGCGAAAGAAGAGAUAAUGAAUCAAAAGCUGACCCAAAUUGAGGAAGAGUUCAAAAAGAGCAAAAAAGAUGGGAUACAAUUGAAGGAAAAGUUGCAAGAAGUUGAAGUAGCAAAAGAGAUAUUGGAAACGGAAAUGAAGAAGCUAAGAGUACAAACUGAGCAGUGGCGUAAGGCUGCAGACGCUGCAGCAGCCAUUUUAUCGGGCGGGGUGGAAAUGGGCGAGGGAAGGAGGGUUUCGGAAAGGUGUGGUUCAAUGGAGAAGCAUUAUGGAGGUGUGUAUGAUGGGUACAACGGGUUUGUGGGGUCGCCGGGAAUGGGAGACGAGUCGGAUGAUGGAUUUGGGAAUGGGAAAAGAAAGGGGAGUGGGAUUAGGAUGUUUGGUGAUCUGUGGAAAAAGAAGGGACAGAAGUAGAGAGAUUAGGUUUAGGAAGUUUACGUUUUAUGUUUUGUGAGUUAUGGAUUUGUUCUAAAAAUCUGUGUUUUUUACUCUUCACUUUGCAGUUUGAAUGUUAUAAUUUGAUCAUCAUCAUCAUCUUAGAAUGAUGUAUUUUUAACUAUGUUAUGUUGCAUCUAUGUGACCAUGUUCAAAAGAAAGUUUCCUUA